AUGGGUGCAGGUGAUGCGGAGGACAAGAUGCUGAAGGAGGUGUCCGACGACGGGGGUUGCGCAGGGUGCCACGGACCAAUCACGGAGAGGUUCUACCUCUUGGCGGCAGACCGGCAGUGGCACCUGGGCUGCCUCCAAUGCGCUGAGUGCAAGCUGGCCCUCGACACAGAGCUCACCUGCUACUUCAGGCACGGCAACAUUUAUUGCAAGCAUGACUACUACAGGGGUGUCCAACCCCUCUCUCCUUCCCCCAAGGUCUUUGAACCACUUGUUAAGAACAUUUAUGAUCUCAUCUUUUACCUGGUCUACUCUGCUCUUCAUCAUCCUUCUCGAAAUGGAUUUUAUUAUAUGCUCAACAGAACCAAUUAUGAAGAACAAUAA